AUGCUGGUUUUGUUGCUGUUAACUGUGUUGGUACGUCCAUCUUUACAAGUGAUAGCAGAGGAAGAUUGCAAACCUGGUGAAUUAUUUCACUUUUACGACAACCAGUGUUAUUAUUUAUAUAAAGAUUUUGUAUACUGGAACUAUGUAAAGACUUUAUGUAGCAAUUUCAGCUUUGUCCCUGCUAGGGUGAGAACAGCUGAGGAAAUCGCCCACUUCACAGAGGAAUGCUCCGGGGAGAUUUCUAUUGGGGCCACGGACGAGGACGAUGAAGGCGUAUUCAAAUGGAUCGACACACUUCAGCCUAUCAGUAGUGACAUCGUUUCUUUGAUCGCCAACAUCGAGGAAAACAGCGCUUCCAAGAACUGUUUGAUGGGUAGACAAGAAUCCGUGAUCAUCAUCAGCUGCUCAAGCUAUGAUACAAUGUGCGGCUUAUGCACUGAGAGAAACGACACAUUGACGACAACAACGGCAGCAUCAGAUACUUCAAGUAUCGUGAAAACUGAGACUACGCCUCCUGUGCCAACUACGACAAACGCAGCAUCGAUGAACGGUCAAAGUCUCAUUUUUAUAGUGGCUUACGUCUUUUGUUUUCAAAUACAGGUUUAA